GAUUUUGGGUACCAGUACCCACCAAGACCACUCACCAUGAAGUUCGUGAUCCUCGCCGCCUUGGUCGCCGUGACCGUCGCCGCACCCAGGCCUGACAGCGCCAGCUCCGCUGAGAGUGUAGAGGUAGUGCCCAUCCUGAGGGACGACCGUGUCCACGAAGAGGACGGACGGUACAGCUUUGAUGUGGAGACUGGCAACGGUAUCGUCUUGUCUCAGUCUGGUUCUCCCGACGGUCCCGAGGGCACCAUCGUCAAGUCUGGAAGCUAUUCCUACACUGCUCCUGACGGCACUCCCGUCCAUGUGACGUUUGUCGCCAACGAGAACGGCUACCAGCCCCAGUCUGACCUGCUGCCAGUGGCUCCAGCCUUCCCCCACCCAAUCCCCCAGUUCGUGCUGGACCAGAUCGCCUUCGCUGCUGAGGAAGACGCUGCUCGUGCCCGAGGAGAGCUCUCUGCUGAGUCCGAUUAGAUUCUUUCCUUCAGCUCCGGCGCUUCGUAAAAACUUCAAAUCUUCAACAAUUACUUGACUACUCCUGAAGUUGACAUGUAUUUAUUCUAUUUAUUUUAGAAUGAAAUAUACUCUUUGCAAAUACUAAA